AUGGUGUCACGCCCGUGGAGUACCAGUUCGUGCGAGUGCCAAUCGAUCUGGCAAAUUGAUCGACGACGAUCUGCCCGGGUCCUCAAUAGUGGAUUUAUUGAACUCCACGUUGGUAACAUCCCGAGUUCCUUUUCCCCCCCCCUAAAACGGGAUUUCUCAUACCAGUCCUCCCUACGGAGUACCCAUUACCUCUCUAAUGGUCGGCAUGGGAAAAUAUGA